CAUUGUUUUACAGUUUGGAAAAUUAUUUGCGUUUUCAUUUAUUAUAAACAAUAACUAACUAAAGCUAAAUCAGCAUAUUUUUAUCAGCAUAAUAUUAAUUGUUUUUGAACAAUUACUGUAUUUAUUGUCUACUGGCAGUUUUUAUGAAUGGGUUUACUGAAUGGAUUUGUGGGAUACAGAUCAUGGGUGCGUGUGCACCACAUUCACAUUCAGCUCAUAUUAUAGUCAAAACAAAUGUUUUGUAGAGAUUUACUGUGUUUGUACCUGCUAUGUGAGAGAGAGAGAGAGAGAGAGAGAGAGAGAGAGAGAGAGAGAGAGAGAGAGAGAGAGGCAUUACAUCAAAAAUAAGGUGGAUAGGUUUACUUUGUUUGUACUGUUUUUUUUUAUAACAAAGCUUGUGUUUUAGUUUGUGGUCUGAGGAUUGUUCUGCUGGGGAAGAAUGUGUCAGAAAACCGCAAAGUGGGAAAAUCUAUAUUAGGAAAUAAAGCUUUUAACAGUGAAGCUCCACCAGAUGAAGUGCAGAUGGAAAGAAAAAAUCAUAAGACAGUCAUAAACUGUCCUUACCUGCUCCAGCCACAUCUCUCAGAUCAUCAGAUCAAACAAGGUGUAAAGGACUGUAUGCGUCUGUCUGAUCCAGGACCUCAUGUGAUUGUUCUGAUCUUUAAACAUGAUGAGUGUUCAAGAGAAGAUCAAGAGCAUGUGGAGAAGGUCCUCAACUAUUUUCCUGACAGGGUUUAUGAACACACACUGGUGCUUACAACACACCACUCGCAGAGUGUGCAUCAGACUGAAGUCAAUGAUGUUAUAAAGGAAAUUAUAAAAAAAUGUCAUAAGAAUCAUUACAUGCUUGAGAGAGACAAAUCUUGUCUUAAAGCGAAAUUACAUAAAAUGGACCAAAUGAACAGUAGACGCUAUCUUCAAUUCGACCCUGAGGAUUCCAUGGAGCAACAAGUCAUAGGAAGUGUGAAUAAGCCACGUCUAAAUGUUGUACUAUUUGGAAACUAUACAUCAGUUCAGUUUGGUCAUGACAACAUUUUACUGGGAGAUGCACCCCCUACCCCUGAAGAUGAAGUAUUGUCUAGGAUUGAUCCUGUACAGAUAAAGAUAUCAGAAAGCAAUGUGUCAGUCAUCAACAUGAUCGACUUCUCUGAACUUCCCAUGGUCUCUGUGGAUAAUUUCAUUGUUCAACUAAUGCAUGAAAAUAAAAUCUCUGCCUUCAUCUUUGUUGUGCGAGUGGGUCAGUUAACAGAUGCUGAUAAGAUGUGUCUUGAUUGGCUACAGUCAGUGUUUGGUGACAGAGUUCUUCAGUUUGUGAUGAUUCUCUUCACUUAUGAAGGAGAAAAAGAGUCUCACUCUAUAAUAGAUGAUCUGAAGAAAAAUAAUGUUCUGGAGGAGCUGGUAAAGAAAUGUGGAGGAAGAUAUCACAUCUGCAGCAAAACAAUAAACAACCAAUCAGAGAUGAGUGAACUGAUGAAGAAGAUUGACCGUCUGUUUAAUGAUAACAAAGAGCAGUGCUAUACUGAAGAGAUGUUCAACACAGAAAGACGAAGCAACUUGCAAAAUAAUAAAAAAGACAAACCCAUAACCACGAAGAAGGCAAUGGAGCACACCAGAUCUCAAAGAAGAGACAUACUCAAGGAAAUGGUUAAAAAAGAUUCAUCAGAAGACACGAGAUUGGAAAAACAAAAAAGAACAAAAAUCAGUGGAAAAGUAGAGGAUCUCUUUGACAGACUUCAUCUUAAAGACAACAUCCACAAUAAACUAAGAGCUUCAGAUGUUCUUCAGAUAUCGGCAUAUUCAUUAGAGUAUCAAGAGUCUUGUACUGAAGAAGAGCUGGUGAAUAAUUAUCUACAGAAACUACUGAUGAUGAACUACAGAGCAAGAUACAUUAAGAUUAAAAACUCUAAAACACAACAUCACACACAACAAAUAGAAAAAGACUCAUUAAUGCAUGAGGAUGAUACUCUUCUUGAUAUUGUCAAAGAAUUGUCUUUGUCUAAUAAGGGAACAGUUAAACUAGACUCUAUUCACCCGAUGGAUGUUCAGAUGGCUGUGUUUCAUUGUGCUGAUAGUUUCCUAAAGCAGCUGAUGGUCACUAAACUCUCACAGUGUCAGUUUGCUCUUCCUCUUCUUGUUCCUCAUCCAUUCACACAACAGAUUGAUUUUCCUCUCUGGACAUUCAGACAAAUCAAUAAGAGCUGGAAGAUGAGAAAUACUAACAAUGAUAUCAUCAGUAAAGAAGAGCCGGUGUACAAAGCAGAAACUCCAAUGGUGUCGUUCUUCAGGUUUGGUUCUGUGUCUUCAUCCAAGUCUCAGCUGAUGAACAAUCUGAUCAAUGAGAAACACAACACGUUCUUCCACAGGAACUGUCAAGGGAGCAGCAGAACCAGACUACUGAUGGAUGGAGUGGUGGAGAUCGCCUGGUUCUGCCCAUCUGGAAAAGACACAGAUAAAUUUAAUAACUGUGUUGCUUUCUGUAAUCUUCAUGGUGAUGCAGGAGUCCAUGAGAAACAACUGCAGAUUCUCACUGAAAUGUCUUUAGUAAAUGUUGUUCUUCUACCAGAUUUCAGCAGCAUAAUCAAAGUUCAAGAAUUGUACAGUGAUUUAAAGCCGCUUGUUUGUCUGUUUACUGAGGAUGAUUCAACUCUAAUUGAGACCCGGAAAAGAAAAUAUAAAAUUGGUUUGAAAGACAGAAAUCAGUCUGAUGUAUCUGAAGAACUCAGAAGAUCUAUUAAUGAUUGUCUCUCAUCUUCAGCAUCAGUUUCCAUGUUCAGACUUGAAGAUUUGUCCAAACACUCAGAUAUCAGAGUAGAUGAGGAAGAUGAUGAAGACUGCAGGAGAGGAAGAGAAGCAGCACAGCAGAUGAUGAGUUUACUGGAGAAAAAAGAUCUGAGAGAAAUCAAAAAAUCACUUCUUCCUCAUCAGGGGAAACUCUGGCAUCAGUGGUGUCAGAAGAACAAAGAACUUCAUCGACCCCAAGGGGAUGAGAUAGAAACAGACAUAACCAGAAAACAAGCAGAAUUAAAAGGAAUACGUGAGCAGCAGUAUGUAUUUAAAGUGAAAACUUUAAUACUAUUAUUUAUUCAAAAAAUGCACCUGCCUGGUGAGAAUAUGUAUUUUUUAAAAUGGCUUGGAAUCUUCCUGGAUGAAUAUAUCUCAAAGGACGUAAAAUAUGAGCUAACUGCUCAACAAACAAAAACAAUAUCUGAAAAGAUUCAAACGGGAACCUUUGGUUUGGAGCACAUCAUAAGAGAGAUCGGUCAGAUCUAUGAAUCAUGUUCAUCUGUGAAGAAGAAUAAGACAGAUCUGCAGAUUCACUUCUCUUCUCUUCCGAGUCUUGCAGCAGAGAUGAUGAUCAGUGGAUUUCCACUGGAGCUGAUGGAUGGAGAUACUGCUCAUGUUCCUCUGAUCUGGAUCACUGCUGUUCUAGAUAAACUCGUUCAGAAACUGGGAGACCAGAGAGUCUUUGUGCUGUCAGUUUUAGGACUUCAGAGCUCUGGGAAAUCCACCAUGCUCAAUGCCAUGUUUGGACUUCAGUUUGCAGUCGGUGCUGGCCGAUGCACCAGAGGAGCUUUCAUGCAGCUGAUCAGAUUAUCAGAGGAGAUGAAAAAACAGCUGAAGUUUGAUUAUAUUCUGGUUGUUGAUACUGAGGGUCUUCGUUCUCUAGAAUCUGAUGAAAUAUCCACAAGACAUCAUGACAAUGAACUGGCCACAUUUGUUGUUGGUCUUGGACAGCUGACAUUAAUCAACAUCUUUGGAGAAAACCCAGCUGAGAUGCAGGAUAUUCUUCAGAUUGUUGUUCAGGCCUUUCUGAGGAUGAAGAAGGUCAAACUGAAUCCCAGCUGUAUGUUUGUACAUCAGAAUGUUUCAGACAUCACAGCUCGAGAGAAAAACAUGCAGGGAAAGAGACGACUGCUGCAAACACUGGAUGAGAUGACAAAACUUGCCGCUAAAGAGGAAGUUUGUGAUGCUAAAUGUUUCAGUGAUGUCAUUAAUUUUGAUGUACAGAAUGAUGUGAAGUAUUUUGCACAUUUAUGGGAGGGAAACCCACCAAUGGCACCACCAAACCCAAAGUACUGUGAUAAUAUUCAAGAAAUAAAGAAAAUUAUUCUUUCCCAUGCAUCAAAAUCAGAUGGUAUGAAGCUGACACAUCUGCGUGACCGAAUUCAUGAUCUCUGGGAGGCUUUACUGAAUGAACGAUUUGUGUUCAGCUUCAGAAAUUCUCUGGAGAUUUCAGUUUACAGGAGACUGGAGACAGAAUACAGCAAGUGGACCUGGACUCUCCGCAGUGCCAUGCUGGAAAUUGAGAACAAACUACAAAACCAAAUAGAAAAUGAAGCAAUUCAUGAGAUUGAGGAAACUGAACUUCAGAGAGAACUGAAGGAGAAAAGUGAAGAAGUAAAAAACUCAUUGUUCAAAUUCUUUGACAAAGACACAGAUAAAGAAAUCAUGAUUCAGUGGAAAAAAUCAUUUAAAAUAAAAAUCAAAGAUGUUCAGGAAAGCAUUGUGAGUGAAACAAAGAUGAAAUUAAAUGAGAUUCUUCAGCAGCGAGAGCUGAAGAGAAAGAUUGAUGCUCAGGGGACACAACAUGAAAACUCUCUCCUAGAAAAGAGUAAAGAACUUGCAUUAAAACUCAAAGAUAAAACAAACAAUGAAGAAACACUGAACAGAGAGUUUGAUGUGUUUUGGGAAGAGUGGGUGAAGAAGAUCAUCAGAGAUUCCCCUCCAGUCAGAGACAUUGACAUACUGAGAGAUGUGCAAAACCUCCUCAGAGAUAUCUAUGAGGGAAUUAUCCCUGUAGACUACUGGAAAGAGGGCAGUAAGUACAAUAUUUUCACUGUCCAAAGUUACUUUGAAUAUGUAAUUUCCAAAAAGGAGUUUAAAGAGACAAAGGAAACAGAUAAAGGAAACCAAGUCCUGAUAAAUGACUCUUCUGGAUCUGCUCAAAGUUUAUCUCCAAAAGAUGAAACAGAAAUAAAAACAUUUAUCACAGAUGUUGCCCAGCAGACAGACAAAAUGAUUCAGUCAUUCAACAUUCCAAAGAUGGGCUACAACAUUAGCUACAUUCAACAACUCAUAAAUUACAUCAAGAAGAGAACAACAGACCAUCAGGAAGGUCCGGUGAAAUAUGUGUUCAAGAAUGAAUUCUUCAUAGAUUUGAUAUUUUCUAUAUUUAAGAGAGCAAACACGACAUUUGCUAAACAACACAGAAAGUUCAGAGAAGCCAAUGAUCCUGUUCUCUAUGUUGAAGGUAGGAAUAGGAAGAGAGGUAGAAGGAGGAAUAGAGAAGAAUACUGUAGUAUUUUCCAGAAAUACUGUCAUGGAGCAACAUCAGCUGCAAUUUUUGGGGAAAUUAUCUGUCAGAAAUUGAAAGAACCCAUUGAACAGAGUCUCUAUAAACAGACUGCCAGAGAUUUAGCAGAUGAAAUGAGAUCAAACUGUCCAUCACUAAAUGAAAACAGAUUAAAUCUUGAGAAACACAUCCUGAAGAACCUGGCAGAAGAUGAGAACUUUGAUAAAUACAUGAACUACAUUGAGAAUCCCAGAGAUCACUUCAAGAGUUUCAUCAGAGAUGAAGUCCAUCAGUACAUCAGUAAUAGGUUCAAUGUCCGUGUUAAACGCAAGAUGAAUCAUAACAUUAAAGUCCUGCAGCAGAAGAUCCUAACAGCAGCUCAUGAAUCUACUGAAGAUGUUCAAGUGAAGAGUGGAGAUGUUGAUUUGUGGUUGAAGUUUUUUACACAGAAGCUCUCAGAUGUUCUAAUAUUAUCUGUGAAGGACUUCAGUGAAGUCAAACAUGUUAGUAUUGAUGUAAAACUUCUGGAUGUGAUAACAAAUGAACUUUCUUCUAUAAUGUCUGACAUCAGCAUUAAAUUCAACACAACAACAUUUCCAGUGAAUCUGGAUAAUAAAGACAGACCAGAUGAGAUUCUGAUUGAUCAUUUCUGUCAGUGCUGUUGGGUUCAGUGUCCAUUCUGUAAAGCCACCUGCACCAACACAAUAGAAAACCAUCAGGGAGACCACAGCGUUCCCUUCCAUCGUAAUGUUGGACUAAGUGGUGUACAUUACCAGGAUACAACACACUUGUCUACUCAUAUCUGCACAUCAGCAGUAGCAAACAGCAAUCUAUGUUUUUAUCCUGUUGACUCAGAUAAAAAAGUUCCCUGGGGAGAAUACAGAACAGCAGUAGAGGUUUAUGCAGAUUGGAGUAUAACCUCUGACCUCUCAGAGCUGCCCUACUGGAAGUGGUUUGUGUGCAGAUUCCAAAAAGAUUUGGAAAAACACUACAAUAAAAAAUUUGAAGGUCAGGGUACGAUUCCAAAUAGAUGGAGAAAUUACACCAAACAAGAAGCUAUUGAAAGUUUGGAUAGAUACAGUUAAUCAACAAAUCAAUAUUUCUCUUUGGUUCUGGUAUUGAGAUUGUAAACAAAGUCUGAAGUUCUGUCUUUUCACACUUCAUCUUUUCCACAAUCAUCUAAAUGUGAAUUUAUAGAGUUUGCUUUUAUGUAAUAGAUCCAAAAAAUAAAGUGCACUUUUCCUAGCCUUAUUAUAUAAGGUUACACGAACUGAAAAACAGAAAAUAAAAAGACAACAUCAUCUCUAAAGCCAGCCUUAUGAUUAGAUUAAAUAGGCAACAGGAACGGAUAAAUAAAAAGAAAAUGCAGAAGAUGCAUAUUGUAACAGGCAAGGGUGAGACUUCAAACUUUUAACACUUGGUAUCCUGUGGAAUAAGAGAGAAAUGGGUGUUGAAGAUGUUAGUGUUUUAAGCCUAUUUUAUGUGUAUAUUUAGCAUUAAAAUAGGAUUUUCUUUUAAAUGCAGAUAUAGUAAGUGUUAAAAGAUGCUGCGCUUUGCAGGAUGGGAAUGUACUUUUUUUUGCAAAAAUGUAAAAAGUUUAUUCAUUUAUAAGAUUAAUGAUGGAUCCUACCUCAGAUCCUCAU